AGAGAGAGGAAGAAGAGAGUGCGCGGGUGCGUGGGAGAGACUGCGCGCGCGCUAGCGCUAGUUCUGUGAGGGUUGGGACAAGUACAAACUUCAGUUCGUGUUGCUGAUGGAGUACGACUGUUGCCAGGGUGACAGUAAAAGAAAAACUGUCAAGAAAUGCAAAGAAGUAGGUUUGGAGCUAAGUGACAGUCGCUAAGCAACUGGCAUGCUACAAGUCACCAGCUUUUAUUGCCAAGUUUGAACUUAGAAGGGAAGAGGAAGAGACAUCAGAGUUCUCUCCACCAUGUGAGGACACAGCGAGAAGAUGACUGUCUAUAAGCCAGGGAAAGAGCUCUUGUCAGGAACUGAAUCAGCUAGCACCUUGAUCUGGGAAUUCCAACCUCCAGAACUAGGAAACCUAUAGAGAUGAUUACAACAUAGCUUUAGAGAUACAAGAAGUGGCAACACUGGGGGAUGACUCAUUAAAGACCAGCAUGGAAGCAGAGACCUUGUAGAGUACUUUUGCAAUGCAGACAAGCAAUGAUGAGGCCUGACCUAAGGUCAGUGGAGUGGAGACCUAAGGUCCUUUUUCCUGGCGUAAGGAGACCUCGGUGGUAUGCAGACUUACUUGGGAGGCGUGGCCAGCAUCGGAUCCCGCCUCGUUCUGUGACGCCAAGGGUGAAAAGUCCACCAUACAUUUUCUCUCCAAUUCCAUUCCUUGGACAUGCCAUAGCAUUUGGGAAAAGUCCAAUUGAAUUCCUAGAAAAUGCAUAUGAGAAGUAUGGACCUGUAUUUAGCUUUACCAUGGUGGGCAAGACAUUUACUUACCUUCUGGGGAGUGAUGCUGCUGCACUGCUUUUUAAUAGUAAAAAUGAAGACCUGAAUGCAGAAGAUGUCUACAGUCGCCUGACAACACCUGUGUUUGGGAAGGGAGUUGCAUAUGAUGUCCCUAAUCCAGUGUUUUUGGAGCAGAAGAAAAUGUUAAAAAGUGGCCUUAACAUAGCCCACUUUAGACAGCACGUUUCUAUAAUUGAAAAAGAAACAAAGGAAUACUUUCAAAGUUGGGGAGAAAGUGGAGAAAAAAAUUUGUUUGAAGCUCUUUCUGAGCUCAUAAUUUUAACAGCUAGCCAUUGUUUGCAUGGAAAGGAAAUCAGAAGUCAACUCAAUGAGAAAGUGGCACAACUGUAUGCAGAUUUGGAUGGAGGUUUCAGCCAUGCAGCCUGGCUGCUACCAGGUUGGCUCCCUUUGCCGAGUUUCAGACGCAGGGACAGAGCUCAUCGAGAGAUCAAGAAUAUUUUCUAUAAAGCAAUCCAGAAACGCAGACAGUCAGAAGAAAAACUUGAUGACAUUCUCCAAACUUUACUAGAUUCUACUUACAAGGAUGGGCGUCCUCUGACAGAUGAUGAAGUGGCAGGCAUGCUUAUUGGACUGCUCUUGGCAGGGCAGCAUACAUCUUCAACUACGAGUGCCUGGAUGGGCUUCUUUUUGGCCAGAGACAAAACACUUCAAGAAAAAUGCUAUUUAGAACAGAAGACAGUCUGCGGAGAAGAUCUGCCUCCUUUAACUUACGAUCAGCUCAAAGAUCUAAAUGUACUUGAUCGCUGUAUAAAAGAAACAUUAAGACUUCGACCUCCUAUAAUGACUAUGAUGAGAAUGGCCAAAACCCCUCAGACUGUGGCAGGGUAUACCAUUCCUCCAGGACAUCAGGUGUGUGUUUCUCCUACUGUCAAUCAAAGACUUAAAGACUCAUGGGUAGAACGCCUGGACUUUAAUCCUGAUCGCUACCUACAGGACAAUCCAGCAUCAGGAGAGAAGUUUGCCUAUGUGCCAUUUGGAGCUGGGCGUCAUCGUUGUAUUGGGGAGAAUUUUGCUUAUGUUCAAAUCAAGACAAUUUGGUCCACUAUGCUUCGUUUAUAUGAAUUUGAUCUCAUUGAUGGAUAUUUUCCCACUGUGAAUUAUACAACCAUGAUUCACACCCCUGAAAACCCAGUUAUCCGAUACAAACGAAGAUCAAAAUGAAAAAGGCUGCAAGGAACUAAUAUGUGGAACAUCACUGUAAACUGCAAAAAGCAUUUGAAGUGAAUGAAGUUUACGAAACAACUCGUGGUAUAUUCUUUGAGUGUAAUUUUAAAAAGCUUAACUUAUGGUUUUUAUAUUUUCUUAACUGAAUGGUUACAUCAAAUCUAAUGGCAUUUGAGGUAUUUCCUAAUAGUUUUAUGAUGGGUAUAUACUGUAGAUGCUUUAUUUAAGAAAAUCAAGUUCAUUAAUAAGGAAUUGGGGGAUCUUGGUAAUUGACAGACUCUAAACAUAGUUUCUAGAUAUUAAAUUUAACAACAAAAAUAGCUCUUGGCAAAUAAGUUCGGGGUAUUCAAAUCAUGAUCUAUAAGUAUAAAUGCCUAGGGAGAUUCUUAGAAACCUUAGGUUAUUUAUUUACUCGGUAAUGUUUGUGUGUGUGAGUGAAGAUGAGUGGGUAGGGAAGAAACUCACAUUUAAAGCCUUGGAUAAAACAGAAUCCCAUCAGUUGUUUUGGUAUGAUGAUACCCAGCAAAGAUGGAGCUAUGCUGUAGUUGAACGUCCUUUGAAAUUUUAACUGGAAGUAUUGUCUCCAGGAAAUUGAGACUUAACAGUGACUUAAUAAUACUAAAGACUGCACAUGUAUCUUGAUCUAAUUACUUAAAUAUUACAGAUAAAUUUGUAUCUGGUUCCACAUAGUCACAUGUGUGUGAAAGCCCAAAAUAAAGUCCUUAAAGGAUA